UCGUCGUCGCGUCGCCAGUUGCUAGUUUGCCGUGAGCGCUCGUGAUGCGAGGACGUUCUGUGAACAGAUCAGCGAGCCCAGAGCUCUCCCAUCUCUCGCUGUGAACGACACAGGAAACGAGCGUGCACGCAGGCAACGAUCGUGCAAACAGGCCAUUUUCGCCCGAUAAACGAUCCUACGGGGAAAGCGUCAGAUACGGUGUGAAAAUCUUGGGAUUUGUUUCCUCUUCUCGAUUUAUUCGUACGACUGUUUAUCUUACUUACGAACACGAGGAGUGCAACGUGCACGAGGAGAGAUCAUCGAUUUCUAAUAUAUAUCCCGUAUUCCUUGUCGAAAAGAUCAGUGCACAAUAGUAAAUUCGUCGAUUGAAGAAAGAUUAAUCGACACCCGUUCGGUCGGAAUGAUCCAGAGUUUAUGCGCGGACCAGCUGAUCGUGAAACUGUCUUACCGGUUUAAUGUACUUUGUGGAGUUCGCCUUGUGUGAGUUUAUCAGAUCGUGACGUGGACACGGAGAGAGAGAGAGAGAGAGAGAGAGAGAGAGAGAGAGAGAGAGAGAGAGAGAGAGAGACAGCUGAUAAAGACAGCUGAAGACACGCGUGAGUAGGCGUAAGUGAGAAUAGAAAAGCACGAGCUAACGUGAAGAGAGAAAGAAGAGCGCACUUCUUCGUUUUGGAGCGCGCGGAUAUUCUUCCGGUCUCGUUCCGGUUGCGCGCGCGGCGCCUAUUUUAAUCUCGCGCGGCGCCGACACCUGCUACCGCAACAACCAACUGCGCGGGAGGUUUUGUCGCGGAACUUUCGUGGCGCCGCCGUGUAUUCCGUGUGCGGUGUGCGCGGGGGUGACAGCUUAAAGUUCACGAGCGCAAGGUGGGACGGAGUGCGCGGGCGCGCGCGCGUGCGAUAUAAAGAAAGAUAGAGAGAGGGACAGAAAACGAAACACGAAACUAACUCCGAGAAAGUUUACUCGCGACGUGCCGGUCGCUCCGGAAAGAGCACCUCAUUCUCUACACCGAAGUGGUAGAUCGCACUGCGUGUCGAAGGAAACCGUCAAAAGCGGAAGCGGGGAAAGAAGAUAGAAGAGGAAACGGCAGGGACGAGAGAGAGAGAGAGAGAAAGAGAGAGGAACACUCGUCACCGCGUGUGCUUGUCUAUCGUCGUUGUCAAUCCCUCGCUGCUUCCCUUCCCUCUCGCCUUUGUGUUCCUCGUGCUCGUCGCCGUGCCUUCGGGUGGACGCCUAUGGCUCGUCAGUAGGAGGGAAAAACAGACGGAAGAGCGAAGGACAGAGACAGGAGGAGAGACAAGAGGACAGAGGCGGAUAGUCGGAUAGAGACCGGCGAGGCAGAUAUUCCCGCUCCGGGCAGGGGGGCAGAGAGGGCACCCCAGAGAACUGAAUAUGUCCGCCAAGCGAAAGUCCACUGCCAUCAUGCAGCACCACAAGGAGAACAUCUCGACCCCGGAGCCCACCGAUAUAUCCGAGGAUGAUCACUAUCCAAUUUCGGCAGGCGCGCUCAUGAAAGAUCCUGACAAGCUGAAGCUGAUGUUGCUCGCGUGGAAUUAUAAUCUUCAAGCGCAGGCGGCGCAGGCAGCCAACGCCGCUCUAUCGCCAAAUAACUCGUCGACUACCACGGCUACCACUGUUGGCACACCAGUCACCAGCCAAUCGGCCAUUUCCACGGCAAACAACACCAUUAACAACUCCACACUCACAGAUUCGCGAAACGGCACCUCGGAACUGGUGGACAUGCCAGCAGGAACCGUUCCAAAUCUGAGCGGUGUGGCGAGUGUCGGCGGCGAAGACAUGGCUUCCCUAUGGGCGUCCUACGCCAUGGGUUUCAAGAAAACGCCACCGCCGGCAUCGUCGGGAACGCCCUCGCGAUCGGAUCGCGAUCGAGAGUCCAGUCCGCCCGGGGGCGAGGGGACGGGAAGCGCCCACGACGAGACCAGUAGUAGUGGCAACAAGGAAGAUGAGGACGAUGAUGAUAUAGACGCGGACGAGGGACUGGAUCCGAGACAUCACGAUCCGGAACGUCUUAAAGCGUUCAACAUGUUUGUGAGGCUGUUCGUCGACGAGAACCUGGAUCGCAUCGUGCCGAUCUCGAAGCAGCCGAAGGAGAAGAUACAGGCCAUCAUUGACAGUUGCACGAGACAGUUUCCCGAGUUCGCCGAGAGAGCCAGAAAGAGGAUCCGAACGUACCUGAAGAGCUGUCGGAGAAACAAACGCGGCAGGGAGGGCCCUUGGGACGCCGCCAGGCCCACGCCAGCACACUUGACCUCCGUGCAGGCGGAGCAGAUUCUGGCAACAGCCUGCGAAAACGAGAGCGACAACGCGAAACGCAUGAGAGUCGGUCUGGAGCCGGUGUCGCAGCCAAUGCCAACUCUUCCGGCCGCAACGCAAACGGAUGUUCGAUCAAGCUUGGAGCAUUUCUCGAGCACACCGGUGAAAUCGCUUCCGUGUAAAAGGGAGGACACACCCCCGGCAUCGUUAACAUCCCUAGCACCGCUGACUAGUUUAGCGAACUUACCGAGCAGCACCAUCUCCUCCACCCCGCUGUCGAUCGCAUCCGCGUCAAAGCUGCUCACAACAGACAACAAGAGUCUCAUGAGCCAAUCAACGAUAGUCAGUUCGACGGUGAAUGGUGUUGCCAGCGGCGGUGCACCGACAAUGUACAGGCCCAACUUCAGCCAAGCGUUCCAGCGCGCUGGCCCGACGGUACCACCAACCCUCUCGGCCGGACUAUAUCCGACCCAGAGUUUCACAUCGAGUCUACUAACCAAUGGACCGACAGACCUUAGCAUGAAGAACCCAUCCAAGCCGCUGCUGAGUCACAAGCUGAAUUCGAUGGAAUUGAACGCUGUGAAACAACUGAUAGGUGGAUAUCGAGAAUCCGCCGCCUUUCUGCUCAGGUCCGCUGACGAGCUGGAGCAACUGUUGCUGCAUCAACCAUAGAGUUACGUUUAUUUGGCCAGCGUUAGACAGCUUGGCUCGUAGUCACAACGAUCGAAGGGAAAGCGAUGCGAGUAUUGAUACACC